GGCUACGAGGCCAGUUUCAACGGUUAUCCCUCUCAGAGGCACGGUGUGCAACAUACUUUAAAGGGUUAUCUCCAAAUUUACAUCAAUAUGCGUGAAAUCGUCCAUAUCCAGGCUGGUCAGUGCGGCAACCAGAUUGGUGCUAAGUUCUGGGAAGUAAUAUCGGAUGAGCAUGGCAUUGACCCCACAGGCACCUAUCAUGGGGACUCUGAUCUUCAGCUGGAGAGAAUAAAUGUGUACUACAAUGAAGCAACAGGAGGAAAGUAUGUCCCCCGUGCAGUGCUGGUUGACCUUGAGCCUGGCACCAUGGACUCUGUCCGAUCUGGUCCCUUCGGACAAAUCUUCCGCCCAGAUAACUUUGUGUUCGGUCAGAGCGGUGCCGGCAACAACUGGGCCAAGGGUCACUACACAGAGGGCGCCGAACUGGUAGACUCUGUGCUUGACGUGGUCCGUAAAGAAGCCGAGAGCUGUGACUGUCUUCAGGGCUUCCAACUGACCCAUUCUCUGGGUGGCGGCACCGGGUCAGGCAUGGGCACCCUCCUCAUCAGUAAGAUCAGGGAGGAGUACCCCGACAGAAUCAUGAACACUUUCUCCGUUGUGCCAUCACCAAAGGUGUCAGAUACAGUGGUGGAGCCUUACAACGCCACUCUCUCUGUACAUCAGCUAGUUGAGAACACCGACGAAACAUACUGCAUUGACAAUGAGGCCCUCUACGAUAUCUGUUUCCGAACACUGAAGCUCACUACGCCAACAUACGGAGAUCUCAACCAUCUCGUCUCUGCAACAAUGUCAGGAGUGACAACCUGUCUCAGAUUUCCUGGACAACUGAACGCUGAUCUCCGUAAACUGGCUGUCAACAUGGUGCCCUUCCCCCGCCUUCACUUCUUCAUGCCUGGCUUUGCUCCCCUAACCUCCAGAGGAAGCCAACAGUACCGUGCACUCACCGUGCCCGAGCUCACCCAGCAGAUGUUCGAUGCCAAGAACAUGAUGGCUGCCUGUGAUCCCCGUCACGGCCGCUACCUUACUGUGGCUGCCAUGUUCCGUGGCCGCAUGUCCAUGAAGGAGGUUGAUGAACAGAUGCUCAACGUCCAGAACAAGAACAGCAGCUACUUCGUUGAAUGGAUCCCCAACAACGUGAAGACUGCUGUCUGUGACAUUCCACCAAGAGGCCUCAAAAUGUCGGCUACCUUCAUCGGCAACAGCACUGCCAUCCAGGAGCUGUUCAAGCGCAUCGAGCAGUUCACGGCCAUGUUCAGGAGAAAGGCUUUCCUCCAUUGGUACACUGGCGAGGGCAUGGAUGAGAUGGAGUUCACUGAGGCCGAGUCCAACAUGAACGACUUGGUGUCUGAGUACCAGCAGUACCAGGAGGCUACUGCAGAGGAGGAUGCUGAAUUUGAGGAGGGAGAGGAAGAAGCUGAGUAAAGCUUCAGCUCAGUCAUCCCUAAGCACGACCAAACUACAAGGCUUUCAAAGCUUAAUGUUAUACGAUUUACUUUCCUCUUGACAUUUCUUGUCCUAUUUUCUUCCUGUACCUGUCGGUCACAUUUUACUGUAUGUGUUUCUCGGUUUACAUUUUUUGUGUAAAGAACACAGUUUUGAAGAUCUUUUGUCUUCUGUCUCAGUGAAAUGUUAAGUGGAAAUUAUUUCAAAUAAAGCUGUCAGUAUUACAAA